AUGCUAAAUUUUGCUACCAUAAAUUCAACACCGCCAAGAGGGAUUAUAAUGACUAGCUGUGCUGCAUUAAUAAGUUUUGGAAUUGCCGCACAUUAUAAUAGUCAACGAAUAAAAGAGGGCAAUGAAAUGCCGCAAAUAAUUCCUCAGAUUCUUCAUCGUGUCGAUUGGAGAUAUUUAAAUCCUUCCUCAUCAAAUAAAAAAUCUCAUAUAGUGAUGGUUGUAUAA